UCGGCGGCACAGCAUGGCGGAGGAGAGCGGCGUCUGCAGCUUUGUGUUCAAGAAGCGGGUCCGAGCCGCGGGCAGCGGCCGGCGAAAACGGCCCGGCAGCGACCAGGAGCGGGAGAGCAGUGGGGAGGAGGGCAGCACCGUGGUGCGCAAGGAGCGGCGGCGGGACACCCCCAACCCCAUGAUCCAGAAGACCAGGCGCUGCACGAGGGAGAGGCCGGAGUACGCGCCGAGCAGCAGCGAGGACGAGGAUCCUGCCAAGGAGAUCGGGGUCACCUACAAAUCCACCAGGUCGGCGAAACCUGUAGGCCCAGAAGACAUGGGAGCCACAGCAGUGUACGAACUGGACACAGAGAAGGAGAAGGAUGCCCAGGCCAUCUUUGAGCGCAGCCAGAAAAUCCAGGAGGAGCUGAGAGGAAAGGAAGACGAUAAAAUUUACCGUGGCAUUAACAACUACCAGAAGUAUGUGAAGCCCAAGGACACAUCGAUGGGAAAUGCCUCCUCAGGAAUGGUGAGGAAAGGCCCCAUCCGUGCUCCGGAGCACCUGCGGGCCACGGUGCGCUGGGACUACCAGCCCGACAUCUGCAAGGACUACAAGGAGACCGGCUUCUGCGGCUUCGGGGACAGCUGCAAGUUCCUGCAUGACCGCUCGGACUACAAGCACGGCUGGCAGAUCGAACGGGAGCUGGACGAGGGCCGCUACGGCGUCAAUGACGACGAAAACUACGAGGUGAGCAGUGAUGAGGAGGACAUGCCUUUCAAAUGCUUCAUCUGCAGAGGUUCCUUCAAGAACCCCGUGGUCACCAAGUGUCGGCACUACUUCUGUGAGAGCUGUGCCCUGCAGCACUAUCGCAAAUCCCAGCGCUGCUACGUCUGUGACAAGCAAACCAAUGGGGUCUUCAACCCUGCAAAAGAGCUCAUGGCGAAACUGGAAAAACACAAAGGGGAGGAAGAAGAGGAGCAACAGUCAGACCGAGAAGAGGAUCCACGGUAGCAGAACACAUUUUGUACAUAACUGAAUAAAGCUUUUGUAGGAGAAAAAAAAAGCUACCAGCUGUAGCCAGGGAUUCUGUAUCCAACCAGCAGCUACUGAACUGUGUCCACCUGUGCUGGACUCUGUCUUUGCUGCCCUGUGGGGACACAAGGCAGGACAGCAAUUUCACACAGUCCUGUCAACAGCAAGACUGCCAGGAGAGACACACAGGCAGAUAGAAACCUCUGAAGCACAAAGGCACCACCAAGGAGAUGGAAGCAGGGGGCUGGGAAGCAGUCAUGGAGCAGUGACAGCUGGUGAGACACUGAGCAACACGUAAGUGCUUUGCUUUAUUAAAGUCCACUCCAGGGAAGAGCAUAAGCCAACAAAACAGAUGCAAAGAAUUAAAUAAAUUUAAUCUCAUUAAUGGUGUAGGCUGUGCAGUAAUGGAAAAAUACAGUGAAUUCCCUAUUGAAAAGUCUUCUAGUCUGAGGUCUUCACUCACCUCUCCUCAUGUUAGCAGUGACCAAUAAGAGUUAAUGCAAAAGGAGCUCAACCAGAAAUU